UAACAUCUGCAGUUUUCAGUGAAGAAAGAGGGAGACUAUUUCUAUUCAAUGAGAACGAUACCUGUGACGCGGACCAUAACGCAUCUCGGGCGCAUCCAUUGUGGAACAUACAGAGAAUCCCAUUAUCAAGUGAAGUUCUGUAUGGAACUCUUAUCAUAGCCUGUCUAUCUGGAAGUUUUUCAGAAAACUUUGGCUGCAUAUUUUUUUAUUAAAAUUAAGAUUGCGCAAGUAUGCCAGUGUAUGUAAGAGAGGAAUCCAGAGAAAUAUUUCUAAAGAAUAAAGUGCAAUUGCAUUUAGAUUGUUUUGGUCUUAUAAGGUUGAUAUUUGUCUGCUCACACACACGUCCAUGAUUGGGAAGGUUGUCGGAGUCGGUGAAGAUGGAAAAAUGUGGAAGAGGCAGGAAGUGUCAACUGCCAAAUAUCACCUGAGGAACUGGAAGAUGAUGCUGUGGGUGGUUGCCUCUCUGCUGACCCUGAUAGAGGGGGUGUUCUCUGAGGAAGACCCAAAGGAGGCCCACACUGAGCAGCUCCGAGCCCAGGAGAGGACCACCACCGCUGGGACCUGGCUCCCAGACCACUACCCAGAGGUCCACGAGCUGGAAGAGAAGAGUGGCGGCCAUGGCCAGGCCUCCUGGCCUAGUCUUUUCGAGAACCCAGGUCUUGAGGGCGACGGAGAGGGCUAUCCGAGCAGGUGGCAACGCUCACCUCCAGACCCUGACCCAGACCCCGAACCCUCCCGUAGAGGCUCUCGCAAGAAAAGCAAAAAGCCCAAGAACAGCAGCCGGGACUGCCGCAUGGAGAAGAAGGAGAUGCGUGUCAGAGACCUGGGCCUGGGCUUUGACUCGGAUGAGAUCAUCCUGUUUAAGUACUGUGUGGGGACGUGCUCGAGCUCCCGUAAGAACUACGACCUGGCCCUUAAGGCCCUGAUGGAGAACGAGAGUAUCCCCAGCAGGAAGGUGAGCGCCCACCCCUGCUGCCGACCAACCCGCUACGAGACUGUCUCUUUCAUGGAUGCCCAGACUAUAUGGCAGACCAUCAAGUGGCUGUCAGCAGCUAACUGUAGCUGUGUGGGGUGACGGCCAGGGAGUAAAAGGAAGUCUACCUGCAGAACACACAUGCAUAAAGAAACUCCAGGGUGAAGAGAGGAAGUGGCUAAGAUGCCUUCACUGUGGGCGUGUUGGGCAUAAAUGGUGGAUCAGAGCCUGGACCGAAGCCUUGGCCCAACGGCUGGGUUUCAACCUGACGUGGAUCCACUUUGGAUUAACCAGUCUUCUCGGGUAGGGAAAGCACAGAUGCAAGAUAGAGAUACAGCCUAUCAAAUCCCUAUGUUUAACAGAGGAGUUACAUCCUCGGUCAGAGCCCAGGAUUCACGGCUCUGGAGACUGGUGAGGAAUGGAGUUCCUGGGCAGGGACUGGGGUGGUUAGGACUGGGGUGGUUAGGACUGGUUGUCUCCCUCCCUGUGCUGACAGCAAGGUGCCUUUGGUUAUGUCAAAAAAGAGGAGAUGGUGAAGCAAAAGCCUUGGACCAUUGGACCUUAACUCUGAAUCAGAAGAGGAGCAUUUUGGGUUACAUGGCACCUGACCGUAAAGAGGGCAAACAGUUUGAAGAACAAAUACUUGUGAAGAAAUAUUAAGAAGUUAAGUGUUUUGGUUUCGAAGGCUCUCCAAUAAGACCAAAAUAACUAUGAGAUGUAAUGCAUUUUUAUGUUUCCUUCUUCAAUGGCAGCUCAUCCACAUAGGGAUUGGUCAUAGCAAGGUAGCUUUGAGCCAACCGUAGUACAUCUCCCAUCUCCAAGUGUUUCAUCAUGGCAUUCAGUUGAUUCCUAUCACUAAGCACACAUCUACUCUUACUUUAGUAACUCAUGCAUGCUUUGAGAACAAUACCAAAACGGUAUCAACUGUAUCUACUUAGAUUAACUGUAAAGUCUAGCAGAAUCUGAAGCACUUGUUUGUAGCUUGGCCCAACUUGUUUACUGUACAUGUCUAUAAACAGUGUGUUGUAGGAUGCCAUCACAGGGCCAAGGUCAGUCAUGGCCCAGCCAUACCUCAUGCUGCCUGACACACAGCUUUCAUCACAUGGGUUAUUUUCAGCUCUAAACGUGGCACUUCACCGCUGUCAAUUUAACUUUUUGGAAUACAAAGAUAAUUGAGCAUAUUGACAACUGUUAUUCAGAAUGUGCUUAUCAUACUUUGUACCAUGAUAGUAUACUGUAAAUAUCUCAUAUUGCAUAAUUUAUCUAUGUUAUGUUUCUUAUGGAGAAACAGAACUCUUCAUUGGCACCACUCUGUUGCAUCUGUGUUGAAGGAACAUUUGAGUGGACCCCAUAUGUACAUAACGUAUUCUGAUUGGCUGCCUCUCCACACCUGACCAUUGAAAUGGAGACAUACAGCAGAGAGAAUAAGACAUAAUGUACUGUAGAUACAGUAUAUAAACACAAGGGGAAAGUUUACGAACUAAUGUAUCCCACAUAUUGCAUUCUAGUAUAUUUAUGUAUUUAUAAAGUAUUGUAUAAACUGUAGCUCCCUUUCUCUGUGUUCUUUAGACUGUUGAUGGUUAAGCGACAGUGUAGGUGUUGAGAAACAUAUAUUCAUAUCAAGUGGUGUUAAGAAAAUAAAAGUGAAGCAUUAUUUUUGUUCAACUGUUGGAGUUUGUACAGUAGAUUUUCAUAAAGAAAUGUUCAUCUGUUUGUAGUAGGCUAUGUACAUUGUGUACAUUGUGCCUAGUUCUCAGGAUCAUGCUGUUAUGUUUUACAUUCGCUGAAAGACAUAUCUCCUCAAUCUCUUUUAUAGUUAGAUAUCAUCUGGAGAACUAUUGUUUAUUAUAGAAAUGUUAUGAUCAAUCUUUCAAGAAGUGUUUGUAUUCACAAUAAUCAACAAUCAAGAGUCUAUUGAAAGAUGUAUCCAUACAUUGUUAUUAUAUCCAUGAUGUCAUUCAUUGUCUCAAUCUGUGUUUCCUACCCAGAUCCCACCACCAAUGGUAGACCUACUAAAGUUGAACCAAAACAUGUACUGAGAGAGGUUUCUAUUCCAUUUUAACCAUGUGCUUCAACCGUAACACAUACAGAGAUUUUGUGUUUGCUAGUUAUUCACAGAAAUAUGUUUAGGGACUGGCAAAGAGUAAACACAGAUGAUAACUGGUCUUUAUUCUGCCUUCAGUAUAUGUACGGUUUGUGGUUAUAUUAAGCUGCAGCAUCUGGUGUGCAUUUAAUCUGCAAACAUGGGGCCUUCACCCAUUGUUUAGGUCCAAAAUUAACUUCCCUGUUAGAUGCCAUGCAUCUCAUCAUCGCCGAAUUGUACAUUAGGGAAAGUAUUUAUUACAUUUAAAUUAUUUAUUUAUUGUAAUUUUAUGUGAUACACUUGUUGUUACAAAUAUCAGAUGUUUAUAAUUUAUGAAGUGGCCAUGAAUGCUUUAUUUUCUUUUACUAUUGUCUUCUCUGUGGAAAGAGCAAGAAUGUUUCCAAGCAACAAGUCUCUGCCCCCCUCCCCCACACACACACAGACAAGGAGGGAUUUAACUUUCAAAACAGUGCAUGCAGGUAUACCCACUACAUGUUUAUAUGAACCAGAUACACUGAUAGAAAACAAUCUAAUUUAACCUGGUGUAGACUCCUCCACUAGCUCUGUCAGUCACAUUUGUUGCCAGAGAACCUUGCCAAGAGAUGAGUGUCAGUCCCUGGCACCCUGGUAUCAGAGACCAAACACCUCUGUUCCCUUUUUAGAUGUUGCUCUAAAACCCAAUUCAUACCCUACACAAGUACACAUCCACAAUUAGCUAUGCAAAAUGGCAAUCCUGCGUUGUUCUGUCGCAAAAAUAUGCAAACGUGUGUAGCCCCGCAAUUUGGAACUCGACGCAAGUAUGUAGGAUUACCUCUUGCAUAGUUUAUUGCAUUCUUUGAUUGUUUACUUGUGUAGGUUAUAAAUUAGGCUUAAAGGGAAUCUUCACAAUUUUUCAACUUCAUAUUCAUCAUCUCCAGCAUCACCCCAACAUCAACAUAUGUGAAAAUGGUGCAUUUCUAUGUUUUGUAGUAAAAAGAUAUGGGUAGAUAAGUGUUUCCAAUGACAUCAUCGGUGUGGAUUGUGUGAUUUUGACCAAUUGUGAGUAGGCAUUUUCUGCUAAUUGUCGACGAACUGGUUGAUGUCAUUAGAAACACUUAUCUUUCUCCAUCUUUUUUUUACUACAAAAGAUAUAAACGCACCAUUUUCACAUAUGUUGACAUUGAAGAGGUGCUGGAGAUGAUGAAUAUAAAGUUGAAAAAUGUUGAAUUUUCCAUUUUAAGUCAGACAGAGCACUAGGCCUACUUCUGUUCAUGGGACCUUGUUGUAGUUCCAUACAUUUACCUGUUAUUAAAACAACCUUAUUAUCCAGUGUUUAACGAAGACAAUAAAUGUUGGUAUUCAUAUUAUAAUGACAUGGUAGUGCAUUGUUAUUCUUGUUAUUCUUGUUAUUGUGUUACUGUCAUGUCUGAAAGGUCUCAUGGAUGCUAUUGUUGUACUUCUCUUAAAAGAAUAAAUCUUCU